AUGCACGCCGCGAAUAUCAUCGCUCCGCCUCCCCGCGCACACCACGCCCCCGCGAGCUCCUCCGCGAAUCCCAACCCCGAAGAUGCUGCCGCCGCCGCACCGUCGAGCAGUAGCAAAGAUGCCAAAGACAAGGAGUCGAGGCAAAAGGAGGCCUCCGCCGGCGCAGGCAGCACAUCCAGCAGCGGCAGCGGCGCCAAGGACAAGGACGCGCGGAUAGCGCACCUGGAGCGGGAGCUCGAGAUCAUGGAGCGCGAGUUCACGCGCGAGCUCGACAAGCUCUCGCAGAACGAGAGCGAGACGGCCGUCUUCUGGCAGGCCAAGCACAGCGACCUGAACCAGCAGUUCCUCCGCGCCGACGCCGACCUGCGCCUGCUCCGCCAGGAGGCCGAGGUCCGCGACGCCGACCGCGACGCCCUCCGCCGCGAAGCCGCUGAGCUGCGCGCCCAGGUUCGCGGGCUCAAGGAGUUUGUCAGCACGAGCACGCGCACCAGCGGGCAGACCUCGGACGAGGUCUUUUGCGACGGCAUGGCGCGGUUAAGCAACGGGUUGCAGAACUGGGUCAUUGUCAACUUCCGGAAGGCCAAGCUGGAUAUUAGCGCUGCCAACGAGGACGUCCGCGAGGAGCUCGGCCGGCUGGUGCCCAUGUACGCCGACCUCGAGCCCUCGGCCAAGGUCCACAUGCUGCAGUCCGUUGUCUCGCGCGUGCUUGUCCACACAAUCUUUGACUCGUACUUUUUCGGGCUGCCGAGGGAGCAGGCAGAGCAGCUCAAGACCGUGGAGCAGACCCUCUCGAGUUACGUGGACUCCCCGGAAGCGAUCAACAACUGGCGCUCGACGACCCUCGCCCUGCUCCACCGCGAGGCCGAGGCCAAAAUGCUGACCGAGACGUCCGCGGCGACAGACCGCGUCAUCGGCCGCGUCAACCGCGCCCGCGACGCCGCCCUCCGCGCCCUCGUCAUCUCCGCGGCCGACCUUGCGCGCCAGCUCGCCGUGCAAAAGGCCGUCUUCCGCGUCUUCGUCCCGGACAUUGUGCCCCAUCAGCGCACGCGCUUCGACCCGGCCACCAUGGAGGAUAUCGGCGGCGAGGACGAGGACGCGCUGGCGCGCCGCGACAUCGCGUGCGUCACGUUCCCCGGCGUCAUCAAGCGCGGUGACGAGAGCGGCAGCCACAUGCAGUAUCAGAAUGUCAUUGCCAAGGCUAGGGUGUUAUGUAGUCCCGAAUGA